UUGAAGUAGUUACUGACGGCGAAAUCGUAUCUUUUGUUUCACAGUUAAAUUUAACUAAAAAUUUUCAAAAGUAUAUAAAAAGCUAUUGAAAGAAUUUGUUUCUAAAAGAUUAAUAAGUGAUCGAUAACGAACUAUAAUGUCUUUAAUAUAUUUGCGAGGAGCUGACAACUCAUUGUUUUGCAUUAACAUGGAAGUUGCUAAACGUUCGGGUGUCAUAUUGGGAUUAAUUGAGGUCGGCGAUGUUCGCCCGGGGGAUGAAAUACCAUUGAUAAAUAUCGACUUUUAUGUAUUAGAAGCCGUCGUACACUGGUUAAAUCAUUAUUAUAUUAAUCCAUAUAAUCCGGCUAUAGUGGCACCAUGGAGUCAAUACUUCUUCUAUAAGGAUAUUCAUUUGUUGGCCUCUAUAAUGGCAGCCGCAUGUGACUUAAAUAUACUUGAUAUGAUCAAGGAUAUGGGCAACAUUAUUGGUCUUGUGCUAAGAACCAAGACAUUGGACGAAUUAAUCGAACUUUUCGGCCAUUAAAUAAAUUAAUGUUUCGGUAUGAUUUUAUGAUUAUAAAAAAUUAUAUUAUUAAUACAAUAGUUUAGUAUUAUUUGAGAUGCCAAUUUGCAAAAUGACCACUGUCAUAUGUUAAAAAAAUAGUUAUA